CUUGGUCGCUCAUAGGAUCUCCUGCCACAAGGGGGUAGACAGCCCUCACACAAGCAUUAAGCACUUUCAAGCGUAGCUUCAUCCAGGAGACAGAGGCGGGUGUACAGCUGAUAGAGUAGCAUCCCAUGGCUCUGGAGCACUGACACUGCCUGCUGAGCGACCCCCUGAGAUCUCUCCAUCUGAUCCUCCUCUGCUUCAUUUUCACAUAGAGAAAGAACUGAAACCAAUUCACCUCUGAACCCCAGGCAGUCUGUUCCAGAAAAGCGGCGGCACCUGCAAUAAGAUUGGGUCUGAGAAGACUGCAACAGAUCAGAAUGGAUGUGUUUAUGAAAGGCUUGUCCAAAGCAAAAGAAGGGGUGGUGGCUGCAGCCGAGAAAACCAAGCAAGGGGUAGCAGAAGCUGCUGAGAAAACCAAGGAAGGUGUCUUAUAUAUGGGAAGCAAAACCAGAGAUGGAGUAGUACAAGGAGUGACUUCAGUGGCCGAGAAGACCAAAGAGCAGGCAUCUCAACUGGGCGGGGCUGUCAUUUCCGGAGCGGGGAACAUUGCUGCAGCCACUGGUCUAGUGAAGAAGGAUGAUUUUCCCACAGAUAUAAAGCCUGAAGAAGAAGCUCAGGAAGCUUUGGAAGAACCUGCUGCUGAACCACUACUGGAGCCAGAAGGAGAAAGCUAUGAGGAAGCCCCUCAGGAUGAAUACCAGGAAUAUGAACCAGAAGCAUAACAUCCCUUUACUCUGGACCCAGCCACCAGCAGCAUCAGCACAAAGAUAGCUAUAAUGAAGAUACUAAUAAAAAAAAAUCCCCAUAUCCCUAAAAUCCCUUUCCGACACAAGAGGAGUGUGGUCUACCCAUUUUCUUUCCUCAGCAAUUGAGCUCUUCCUCUACUCCACUCUCAGAGAGCCUCAUGUGAAAUGGUUUUAUGUAUGGUAAUCCUUAGCGUUAAGUCAUAGUCCAAACAAAACUAGUGUUUAAAAUAACAAAAGCCCUUUGUAACGUAUGACCCCAUGAAUGCAUUGUACUUGUCUUUGCAGUCAUAAUGUCCCCGGGAAAUUAUUUCUGUUUCCCUCCCAGAGAAUAAUUGCCGGGGGUUAUUGGUGGAUUUUGUCUAUCAUAAUUUUCUUUUGUUCUGGUGUGUCCUGUUGUUCAGUGGCAGAAGGGCCUGCAACCACCUGCAAUUGGACCAGCUGAUAUUCUUUUGUGUCUACCUACAGAAGUAAAGCAUGUACUAACUUUUUAUAAAGAGAUGGUGAAAAACACCUAAAAAAUGUUCUUUCCUUCUUAACAAAUUGUCUGCCAUUAAUGUGUGCGCUUGCACUUCUUUGGUGGCCAUUAAUUUGAGGGAAGAACACAAAAAACAUGUAGUCGUGGAUGACUGACCUUUGACAUUGUUUAUUCAGUGUUCUAAUGUGAUAUUUAUUUUGCUGUUGUUUUUUAUACAUAUAUACACAUAUCUAAAAAAAAUAAAUGGGUUAACUUAUUUGUGACUGUUCUGUAAAGCAGAUAAAAAUCUGUAAUCCAUGCAAAAUCUUUUCAAUGUCCUUGUGUUCCAAAAAAUUUUGCAAAAGGAAUAAAAAAAGAAUUAACCAAAUUGUUA